AUGCAGGAAAACGGGAAGAUGAAGAAGCUCGGUAAUGGAUUGGCGCCCAAAUUGCGUGAAGACCAGAAUAAUGGGCGGUUCGAGUUCUCCUCAGCCCUCCUUUCAUGCAGCAAGGGUCACUGUGAUGAGGAGUGGAUUAGUACGACAACUUUCGACGACCCGGGCACGAGGAAGCACGAAAAGAAGGCCAUACUGGUGGAUUGGCCUCACCACGGCGUCACGGACCUAGGCGAGACCAGUGAAAAGUAUUGUUAA